CAGCCAGAUAACAGCCCCAACAGUUGGUCCAGGCACCAGCUAGUCCACCACCGCAACCUGAUGGGCACAAACACAAUCUAACGGUCCACAGCCCUGAAAGACUCUCUCUGUAAUCUGUUCCGGAUAGUCAGUGGACUUGAGUUUUCGAUGAAAGUUUACAGUAGAAGUUUGGUAGUAUGUAAAGUAGUUCUUCUGAGAUAUUGUCGAUAAAGAGGAAGGCUGUAGGGAAAGAACGCAGGGACGCAGCUUUCCGUUAACCCAGUUCCAGCGCGCAGCGGGGGCAAAUAGCACCAUGAGUGUCCCGCUUUACGCACCGACUCCCAUCCAGCCUGCUCACCCGACACCCUUCUACAUCGAGGACAUUCUGGGGAGGACUACCACUGCCACCUCCUCGCCCUCUUCUUCUUCUUCUUCUUCUUCUUCUUCCUCCUCCUCCUCCUGCUCCACUCCGCUCAUCCCCACACCGACUCUCCCGUCGCCAAACUCUUCCUUCACAACUCUCAUCUCGCCGUACAGAACGCCGAUUUAUGAGCCCACACCGAUCCACCCGGCACUGUCUCACCACGCCGCUGCUGCGUUGACUGCGACGUACGCGUCCUCUGGAUCCUUCGCCGGCUCCAUCUACCCGUUCCACCACCAGCACCACCGCUCUAUGGGGGAGUACGCACAGGCGCUGCUGAGGCACGACCCUCUCGGGAAACCUCUGCUGUGGACUCCCUUUAUUCAGCGACCUUUGCAUAAAAGAAAAGGUGGUCAGGUCCGGUUCUCUAACGACCAGACGAUCGAGCUGGAGAAGAAGUUUGAGACGCAGAAAUACCUCUCACCUCCGGAGAGGAAGAGACUGGCCAAAAUGCUGCAGCUCAGCGAAAGACAGGUAAAAACCUGGUUCCAAAAUCGACGAGCUAAGUGGCGAAGACUAAAACAGGAAAAUCCUCAGGGAGGUAAAAGAGAGUUGGAGGAUGACAGCUCCGCCGGAAGGGGUAAUAAAGGAGACGAGACUACCGAGCCCUCCGGGAUCCAGAGUCCAGAGCAGAGACACACAGUGCCAGUGUCCGAGCUGGCACAGGCUGGUCGCUGCGCGCGCUCCGUGUCCCCGCAGCAGCAGCAGCAGCCUCACACAGAGCUGGACUCUGACGUGUCGGAUGAUACAGACCAGGAGCUGGACAUAGAGGACGACGACGACGAGUUCACAGUGAACCCUUAGUUAUGAACUCAACACUGACACUGGAUCAGCUCGGACACUCGGAGCUGGAUGAUGAAGAUCACUGGACUCCUCUGACACGUGUGCCUGUUCACUCACCUGCUCUGGAGUCUCCAUACGCCAGAAUUACAGAUAGGUUGAUAGUUCCUGAGGUAAAAAUAAAUCCUCAAAAUAUCACAUUUCACCAUCUUCCAGUGCCCUCACACAGGACUGUAAUCUCUGUUGUAAACUUCUCUUCCUGUAUAUGAUGUAUAGCACUCUGCUGUAUCUCUGGUGAUUGUUACUGUGUUAUGUUGAUCUCUGUAAAUGGACAGUAGGCCGAGAGAUUAGUUUCUCCUGUACUGUAUGUUGUGUGGAAUGAUAAAACGCUCAUGUUUAUAGACUAUGGGCCUUAAAUGUGAUAUUCCAUCAAUAAUCAAUGUAGCGCUAAUUAUCUGUUUUGUUUGAUGGUAAUAAACUAUUUUUGUGGUAAGAAUAAAAUUUUCACUUUCAGAUGUAA